GAAGCUCAAGAUGAGGAUGUAGAUCAGGAUGUAGAUCAGAGCAGUUUGUUUUGGAGGAAUAAGCAGCCACAACUCCUCAUUAAAGUGUUUCUUCUCUCAGGGACUUUAUAUGUUUUAGCUGAAGUGAGUGUGCUAAGGCUGUGGUAAAUAUCAGCCACAGUCUGAAGAUGCUCCUUGACUCUUCAGCGUUGCAGAUGGAGGAGCACGCUCACUGUGUGUCCUGCUUUAACCUGAGAUGUAGUGUCCGUCCAGAGCCAGGCCUGUCCUGUGAGCUGGUGACCUGUGCUCUGCUGUGUGGAGCAGUGUUUCAUUCAUGCAAAUCUCAAGAGCAUCAGCUCCUGUGUCCUCUGCUGAAAGUGCCCUGUAUCAACAGCGCCUAUGGCUGUCCUGUUAGCCUGAUAAGAGACCAGAUGUCUGCACACCUGGAGGUGUGUCCGGCUGGGGUUGUGUGCUGCACUAUGGAGUGGAACAGGUGGCCUGUUAGCUGUCUUAACUACACUUCCUAUGAGUCCCUUAGUCACGCCACAGAGGAGGUGGAGCAGCUGGACAUGGCACUGGCCCUCCAGGACCAACGAACUUUACUUGAAUCUUUAAAAGUGAUUUCAAUGGCACCUACAGUUGAGAAAGACACCCCACCUCCAAUAAUCAAGGAAAAUAUAGCAACUGCUGCUGAGUCACAGCCACCUAGUUCAUCAGAGAAAAUCACCAGAGGAAUUAAUGGAAUGAAUGAGGAACACUUCAGCAAACUGUAUCAAGCCACUGUAGAGACUGCAAGAAGCUUAGCUGCUGCUUUAGAGUUUGUGAGUAAUUCUAGCAGUUCAGAGAUUGUGAACAAUGGGGCUGUUGAACAAGAGAUUAUAAUGAACAGCAAUGGAAUAAAAAGCAAAACUCCUGUAGUUUCAAAUGUGCUAUGUACUAAAUCACCAGAGCCGGACAUUUGUUCAAACCUGUCUGUUCUAAAUGAACCUCAAAAUGAGACAGAUCUCAUUUUGAAUACAGCAAAUGGACAGACGUGUGGAGGUUUAGGAAACCAUUCGGCCACAUCAUGCUCUUCUGAAUUACAAAAUAAUGUUAGUGUUUUACAAGACUCAUUAGCCACAGAUCAGAAUCAGGAUACAACCUCCAAUGCUAAUCAUGUAAUUGGUCCACUGGAGACUCAUGGAGUGAACUUUUAUAGAAAACACUUAUUUAUGACGCAGGGGCAGUGUUCAAUGCCUUUUGGUCAGAUAAGUUUACAGCCGUCUGAUCGAAUGCCUGAAAUGGAAGACAAAUCAGUGGACACUUCCGACCUGGAGCAGCAGGAGGACCCCAUGGGACUCGGAGACAUUGACCUGAUCACAGCAGCUCUGUUCUUCUGUUUGGAGGAGUCCAGAGAAUGCAGGAGGAUCUCAGAUACAGUGUAUGUGGAUGGGUUUCAUGUGGACUUUGGUACUCAGACCUUCACUUUCCCUGCUGCUAUCCUGGUCACCAACACGAGAGUGGGGGACAUGGCUUCUGCAUCUGCCUGUGACCACGCGGCCUCACAGCUCUCCUACCCCAGCCCCUACCACACCCUGCGCCUCGGUCUGGUUUUAGAGGCACUAGAAGGUGAUGUCGCUGCAUUUAACCGAUACCUCCCUUCAAACCCUCGGCACCAGCACACUUUUCCUUUCGUGUGUGGCCAAUCUUUCCGUAGGGACCAGUUCAGUUCCCAUUUCACAAACGUCCAUGGGGACAUUCACGCAGGGCUCAACGGUUGGAUGGAGCACCGCUGUCCCCUGGCCUAUUAUGGCUGUUCGUUUUCACAGCGCAGAUUUUACCCUUCCAACGUGGAGGCUAAAGUAGUCCAUGACAUACACCUCAAGUCCUUUGGGGUCCAGCCUUGUCCACAAGUAACACCUCCAAGUGCCUCCCAGGCGGUGCAGUUUAGCGAGCUGCCCUUAGAGAUACUGUGGCUCAUCGCCGGGUUCCUGGACAGUUUUAGUCUGUGCCAGUUGUCAUUGGUGUCGCGGACCAUGAGGGACGUAUGUGCCAGCCUCCUUCAGAGCAGAGGGAUUGUGGAGGUGCGGUGGGAGCGCAAACACCACCCUGGCUCUGUCAAAGUGUCUUGGCAGGUCAAAAACAAAGUUUGGAGAUUUAGCACUGCCUUCAGCCCAGUAUCGUCAUGGGGUUUCACCAGCGUCCCCAGCAUGUCGGACCACCUGAAGAAGUGCACUUUCAACACUGUGGAGCACAAGACUGACCCUGUUCCCCUCACUGCCAUGUGCACUGAACGCGACGGCCAAUCACUGCGCCGCACGCUACGACACAUCAACAUCUGAAACCAAACUUCAAAAGCAGUCCUGUCCUGAGUGGAUUUUUCCUAUUACCUACACUACCAAUACUUCUACUGUACUAUAUGAAGUUGCCUUAAAAUAUACCAGUAUGUUGCUGUUGACGACCAGCAUCUAAUCAUUUUUACAUAGAUUUGUGCUAAAACGAACAAAAAAAACAUUUACAUUGUCAAGUUAGUAUAUUUUGAAAGAAAAUUAUGCACUGUAGAUUUCUAUUAUCCUGUAUUGCGAUUUCACCGUCUUGCCUUUCUGCUAUAGCCAUAAUGGAAAAGCACAUGUCAAUAUUUUGUGCAACAUGAGUAAUGCUAGCACUUUUUCCACUUUAAACACUCCUGAUUGUCUUACCUUGUCCUUCAGACGCCUAUGAGGUGUGGGCCUAAUGCUUACCAAGCUCUCUGAUGUCAAAACAGAUCAAUAUUAAUGAUGGAUCAAUAAUGCAUGUGAUUUGCUACCAUUUAAUAAAGUAUUUACAGCUUUAAUGUAA